GUCCGGGGAUCGGAUCUUUGUUUAUUGGCUAAUAAAGAAAAGUUUGCCUCAGAAGUCGUCUUUGUAAAUCAGUAGAGAUGAGAUUAAACUUUUCUACAAGCUGGAUUUUCCGCGGCUGGAUUACGUGUGUCCUUGUCACCUUUUACGCACAGAACGCAGAUUCCAAAUCUCAAUGUAAAGAAACACAAUACCUAAAAGACUCCAAAUGCUGCGACAAGUGUCAACCAGGCCAUUAUGUGUUUAAAGACUGCACUGAUACCGAUCAGACUUUAUGUCGUAAAUGCAGUUACGGAGAAUAUCAACCCAGCUUGAAUAAUGCCUAUCGCUGUCUUAAGCAGAAGUAUUGUGAUCCGAAUUUGGGUUUUAUGACAAAUAAUGAAAACUCGAUAGAAGAGGAGCAAUGUCGCUGUGUUGAUGGCUUCCAGUGUUACCCCAUCAACUGUGAGUACUGUGAGAAGAUACCCACCUGCCGACCUGGACAGGGACUUGAGACAAAGCAUGAUCAGAGGAAGGUGUGUGAGCCGUGUCUAAAAGGAUUCUUCUCUGAUAAGGACGAUGACGAACCGUGCAAACCGUGGACAAAUUGCAAGGCUGAUGGCAGCAAGCAGAUCAAGCAAGGCAGUGCUGAAGCCGAUGCAGAGUGUGGACAACGUGAAACGCCCAUUCCUAUGUCCUUCUGGGUGAUAGUUUCAGUCCUGUCAAUCAUUAUCAUUCUGUGUCCCCUCAUUCUGCUUCUCUUCUGCUACAAGGACAAAAUGAAGUUACUCUCUGUAAAUCUGCGAUCCUGUGUCCAGAAUCUGAAGAGGACCCGGAUACAACAGGAGACACUGGCUCCUCUUUACCACAGCGGAGCAGGAGGAGGAAUAGGAGGAGGUUCUGGUGCCUCAAAAUGCACGCCAUGUGAGGUGACCAAACUUAUCGACCAAGCACCCUCCAGCCCCGCUGACAACCCCUCGUGCACCUUGCCCAUCUCUGUUCCUGAUGUAAAGGUCUCUCUGCCCUUCAUAAAAGAGAUGACAGAGGAAGGAGGGACUGAGAGGAAAACACCAAUGGAGGAUCAGAGCAAAAGAUCUGGAGAACCAGAAGAGGUGUCGGAAGAAGAAGAGGUUGUGAGCGUGUCCCGGCUUUUGACAGGUUCUUGCAUGUGUGUCAUUCCUGUCCACGAGCCCCUGGAAGUAGGGGAGAAUGAGGACUGUAGCCAGGCUGUCAGCCCUGGAACACCGGGAUCGUGCUCAUGUGGAGGGCUAGAUGGAGAGAGGGAUGGAGGUGGAAGUGGGAAAGAAGCUAAAGAUGGAAAUCUCAAGAAAGUGUCCACGAGUCAGUUAGGUGUCGCACCGCUUGUUUCUCUUUCUCCUCCUCUCCUCCACACCUCCACCGCCGUCCAUUCAACCAGUCCGCUUCCUGAACUCUACCUGCCAUUGUCCCAGAUGUCGCCGGAGUUCAAAUUUCACCUAAAAGAGAGAUCGCCAACAAAAUGGGAGGGGUUGUACAGACUGAUGAGCACAGACUCCACAUCAACAGAACACAGUACGACCUCUGCGAUGACCUCGGUCACCCCCUUGUUGCCAUCCCCAUCUGUUGGAGAGCUCUACAUGGACAAGCCCCCUGAGGCCACAGGCCCAGAGCAGGACCAGGGAGUUCCCUGUGGGGACAGCAGAGACAACAAGCUCUCAUCACAGGAGUCAGAAUUGGAGUGCUCACCGGAGAGCCUUCAGAGUCAGCUGGCUGAUCCAAAUCUUACCUCAGGUCAGGUGUCUGGGAACCACAACACCACCUUCAUCUCCAGCGGUCAAGUGAUGAACUUUAGCGGUGACGUCAUUGUUGUCUGCGUCAGCCAGACGUCUCAAGGCAGCGACGAGGUGGAGCGGGAUGAUGGCUUCGGCAACCCUGUCCAGGAAGAAGCCACUGAGACUGCUCCAUUUUUUCAGAGCAGCUUGAGAUCACAAGGGGACUACAUUUCCCACUGUACUUUGCAAGAUGAGACACUGCCAGUCCAGGAAGCGAUGGAGGAGCAAUCACUGGGAAAGUGAAAAGCGGCCAGUGGCUUUGCUUUAUGUUUUAUGUCACUUCAGAGAUCAUCGCCAUAGUCCGGGCGCCUAUGUUAUCUUUUGAUUACACCAAUCAGCCACAACAUUAAACCCGCUGUCAGCUGAACUGAAUCAUGUUGAUUAUCUUGUUACAAUGCAAUGUUCUGCUGGGAAAUCUCGGGUCCUCUUCCAUUGACUCAUACCACCCACCUAAACAUCGUUAAAGAUCAGUCACAUCCCUCCAUGGCAACGGCAUCCCCUGACAACAGAAUUCUCUCCAACGGGACAGAGUGUCCUGUCACAACAGAAAAACUGCUCGACAACUUGGCAUAACAAAUGGCAGUCCAAUCAAAGAUCUGCUGAGUUAGCAAGAACAAGCCUGAUCUGCAGAGGCUUCAUUCCACAACCCACAGGACCCAAAGGACCCACUGGGCAGACACCACAGGACACCCUCAGUGGGCUCAUGUGCAUGCACAGCAGAGUUUUUUUUUUUUUUUCUUUUUGGCAGAACGGUGGAUUUAGUGUUAUGGCUAAGAGGUGUACAUCAAAUAAGUUAUAG